CAUGCAGUGACCUUCUCCCUCUGUCUUUAUUUCCUUUUCUCACCGCCUGCUUUAUUCCUCCACUUUGCUCCUUUCCAUCUGCAGAUGUGGACGACAGAAGUCUGAUUUUAAUCAUUAGCUUUGGGUGAGAACUCUGCAGCGAGGAGGACAAACAGGAGGAAGAGAAGCCGAGCCCCUGGCUUGGUCGUCUGGGUCAGACUGAUGGAACCUUUCUCUGGAGAUAGAGAAGAAAGCACAGAGGAUGUUUCAGGACGUAAACAUUCCAGAAUCAAAUCUCUGAAGACUCUCUUCAGGAGACGUAAGAAGACAAGCGAAGAAGCAAAUGCUAAACUCAGCCAAUCAGCCAGUGACGUGACUGCAGGAAAGGGACUGGGAUCAGAUGAAGAUUUAGUAAGCUUCAAGGGAACAAUGGGAUCUCGAGCGUUGUCCCACGACAGCAUCUUCCUGGAUGACCAGGACCUGACAGACGCUGAACCUGCCAGGGUUUUAUCUCAGGACAAUGUUCACGGUAAAAUCAAAGCUCUGCAGAUGAAGCUCCAGCUGCAGAAACUGCAUUUUGGGCCACCACCUAUGGUUCUGCCUAUCAGAAGUCCAGAGGAGCCGAGCAGCCAUUUAGAGGACUUUUCUUUUCACGGUUCCAACGAUGCUCCAGGAGAGGAAACCCUCACAAAGACAUCUUCUCAGCCAUGCUCUCCUCCAAUCUCACCGCUCUCCAAAUCUGCAGCAGCCAAAUCUCCACUCCCAACCCCAUUCAGUCCAUUUUCUGUACCCACCAGCUCCACUACAUCUGCUGAUGAGCUUCCGUUAGACUUUAGCUCGCCAGCUGAAUUCGCUGCCUCUUUAGACACCUCUGCUGCACGCCACAGGCUGUCCAUCAAACCCAGACAUCAGAGGGCCAGCACAAAGAAGAAACCCUCAUCUGUGACUCAACCUGGGUCUCCUUUACACGUUCUAAAAACCACUGACCACUCAUCUUUCAUAGAGUCAGAAGUUAAGGGAGAAGACGGGGGAGCAGAGGAGACCGAGGGAGAGAAGAUAAACUUUUCUCAGCAUCUUUCUUUGAAACCUGCAAAGCUGCCAUCAGUCACCUCCGAGGCAGCACUUAAAGUAUCCAGCCAGCAGGAGCACGAGACAGUAGCCUCCCAAAUGGUCAAACCUCUCAGGCGGGUGGGUACAGCUCCCACUAAACGGCCGCACUCGUCUUUCAUCGAGUCAGAAAUAAAAGACAAAAGUGAGCGGGGUUUGGAAAUACAAGUAACGUCUGACAAGAAGACUGAAGUUUCUCCUGAGCAGCUCCCCACGCUCAGCUCAGUGGUGGCAUCCAGGCCUUCUUUUGCUCAACAACAGCUUCAUAGUGAGGAGGACACUACGAGAGGAAUAAAGAAAUCCCUCCCAGGAUCAGGCUUAUUCUCUUUGCCUUUCAGCACUGUCAGAAACGAGGAGGAAGAAAGACCACGUUCAGGCAGUUUCGGAGAACUCUUGGAACAGAUAGAAGCCAUGAGUAAAACAACAAGGGCACCAGAGAAGGAAAAGGAGGAACCUAAAAUCAUGCAGCUCAAAGGGAGCCCCUUUGCUGCAGAAAGAAUGAAACAAGAGGGAUCUCCAUCCAGAGGUCCAGCUGUUCUGUGGGACAGAAAGUCCAGCCUCAACAAGGCAGAACCAGCAAGAAACGUCCCCCAAGAAACAGCUGCUGGGGAGUCUCAGGAAAUGGAAAGCACGUCCAAAGGCUCAGGCAUUCUGUGGGACAGAAAGUCCAGCCUAAAAAAAGCUACACCAGCUAAAAACGUACCCCCAGUAACAGCCGCCUUGGAAGCUGGGGAGGUGGAGAGCAGAGAGGAGCUGGUGGAUGUGGCAGAGGAAGCAAAGGAGGCGGAGGAGGGGAAAAUGGCGUUUGGUGUUAAGCUGCGCUCUACAUCUCUGUCACUUAAAUUCCGAUCUGAAACCUCUUGUAAUCGCUGCUCAAAGCUGUCUGAUGACCAAUGUGACAACAAGACAAGGCAGGAAACGGGCGACCUCACAAGUCAAAUGCCUGAAAACGUGUCAAUGAACACAGCUUGCGCUCUCCAUCCAAAAGAUCCAGCCCCAUCUGGUGUGGCCCUCCCAGUCAAGCAUAACACUUUGCUGACCGACGGUCCUCCCACCACGACCACAAAAGUUCAAACAACUCCUUCAAACAACAAAGAAGCAGAAACCACUCCCCAGCAGCCUCAGUCCCCAACAUCCUCAUCAGAGGUGUCCUGGAUGAGUCUGGCCAUGGAAAAAACCAAGAGCCUCCAACAGCUUUUCACCAGCAGAUUUCCAAGAGAUUUUACAGGUUUACAAACCGCUGCUCGACCACAAGCGCAGGCGCAGCCUAAAACUCAAACAGAAACGAAAACAAUGACAGAAACAAUGACUGGGCCUCAAAUGCAAACAGUUAAGGUUCAGCAAGGUUCAAUCCAGCCAUCAGCAGAUACGAUGAAAGAAGAAUUAGUUCAAGCAAGUAGUCAAGAGCAGAUUGUUAAACCAUCAGCAGUGGCAAUGCAACAGAAGCUGAUACUCAUUGAAUCACAGUCCUCCAAGCAACCAAAUGAAGGCCAGUUCCAGUCCAACACAUCUCAGACUGCGUCUCAGACUGCUCAGAGCGUCUCCUGGACAACCCAGUCCCUUUUACGCUCUCAUUCACAAACAGCGACCACAUCUCAGCCCUCACAAGGGAGUACGCCCCAGUCUUUUGCUCCGUCAUCCUCAGGCCAACACCAACCGUCCUGGAGUAAUCGAGGUUUCCAGCCUGCCACCCAGAUCAAAUCUUCAGCUCAGACGUCAGAGUCCCCAGAGACACCAGUUCCUUCUUCAGACUCUUCGUUGAACAAAGAGAGUCCAUCACUGUUUCCUAGACGAACAAUCUGGACUGGCUCGGUGGCGGACAGGGCUGCAUUUUUGGAGAAACGAACCGAGUGGACAGCGCCGCCGUCGUUCAAAGGGGUGGAUCAAAGGAACCCGCAAACAGCGGUGCAGACAUCAGGUGACACCCCCAUCUCAGCAAAACCUCCAGCUGCAAGCAAAGACGUGGUGGCAGAGCUCAGACAAGGGGUCAAAUCUGAAGAAUCGAGCCCCAUCAGAGUACCAGAAAAGCCUCGUGAGGACAAAUGGCCGAGGAAGAACGUGGAGUCACCUUCGUCUCCAUCUUCACUGCUCACACGACCAUCAGUGCUGCAGUCUGACAGCAAGCAGCCGACCUGGAUGGAGCUGGCCAAGAGAAAGUCAAUGGCCUGGAGUGAUAAGACCAUGGACUAAACAGGAAACAAAUACACUGAUUUAAGGAGCAGUCCGAGAGAAAAGUACUUCUUUUAUCAAGAUAACGUGUUAAAUGUUGGGUGAGGAGGCUUAAAAAUCACACCUUUUGAUAAAUUAUAAAUCUGUUUUAUUUUUAUUUCAUUGCUAAAAAGGUUUUAUUAAG